AACGUCCAACCGUCCAGCUUUUCGGCUUUGGGAUCAUGGGGAUUGCCUUUUUAGGAGACACCUGACCACAGCUGAACUCAUCGCCGCCCAACACAAAGAAGCGGUGGCUGAUAACGUGAUGCUUUCGUGUGUGUGUGCUUGCCCACCCUUUGUACUUAGAGAUUGUGUGUGAGAAGCUAAUGAGAAACUACAGGAGAGCUCUGAGGAUGUGAAGGUGACUAUUCUGUAGCAGACACAGAAGAAAUGGGAAUCCUACCAAACUUGUGAAAGCCGGAGAGGCUGUUCUUCAGGAUGUUUUGGGACAAAAGAGUUUGUUGUGUCUCCGUCGAGGUGCCAAAGAAUUCCUAAAAGGAGGUCCAAGGAGUCGAGUGAGCUUGUGAUUGUGAGCAAAGCCCCGCAUCAUGGAGAAAUUCAAGGCAGCUAUGGUUCUGGGUGCUGUUGGUGAUGCCUUGGGCUACAGAAAGGGCCGGUGGGAAAGCUGCACCUCAGGGAAGAAAAUCCAAGAGGAACUCGCCUCUUUGGGUGGACUGGGAGGUCUGAAACUGGACCCUGAUAAUUGGCCACUGAGUGAUGCGGUGCUGAUGCACAUGACCACAGCAGAAGCACUCAUAACAGAUUACUGGUGUCUGGAGGACCUGUACCGGGAGCUGGUUCGUCUCUAUGUUGAAGCCAUGGUGUCUCUCCAGGGCAGAGCUCCUGAUCCUGCCACAGUGGAGGGCUGUGUUCACCUCAAACCUCACAACUUCCUGCUUGCCUGGCACACACCCUUCAAUGAAAAAGGGUCUGGAUUUGGAGCAGCUUCCAAGGCCAUGUGUGUAGGGAUGAGAUACUGGCAACCUGAGAGACUAGAAAACCUGGUGGAGGUCAGCAUUGAGAUCGGCAGGAUGACCCACAACCACCCUACAGGCUUCCUCGGCUCUCUGACAACUGCGCUGUUUGCAUCCUAUGCGAUCCAGGGGAAGCCUCUCGUGACUUGGGGCCAUGAGCUCAUGAAGGUCAUCCCUCGAGCUGAGGAAUAUUGCAAGAAGACCAUACGACACAUGGCAGAGUAUCAGGAAAGCUGGUUCUAUUUUGAGGCCAAGUGGCAGUUUUACCUUGAAGAGCGAGAGAUCGAUAAGGAGGGACAGAACAAACCUUCAUUCCCUGAUCGCUAUGAUGCGGAGGAGACGGACAAAACGUACAAGCGUUGGAGCUCAGAGGGCCGAGCAGGCCGGAGGGGUCACGAUGCUCCUAUGAUAGCCUAUGAUGCUCUUCUGGCUGCAGGGAGCGACUGGGCUGAACUGUGUAAACGAGCCAUGUUCCACGGAGGUGAGAGUGAAGCCACAGGCCUGAUUGCUGCUUGUCUCUAUGGUCUCCUGCACGGCCUGAGCCAGGUUCCGCCAGGUCUGUACCAGGAUUUGGACAAAAGAGAACGCCUGGAGGAGCUGGGAGAGGCGCUGUACAAAGCAGCAUCUGUGGAGAAAUGCAUAGACAAACCAGACGCUUGGAAAACCAGUAUCAGCCCAGAUGCCAAUAUGUUGAAGAAGUUGGUUAGAGACCCCAAAUGCCGUCCGGUGCUCCGAGGGAUUCUUGAGACUCUUCUAAAUUACCUAACACAGGAUCUGCCCAAGUUGACCACCAACCUGGAGAAGCUAGGUACUGGUACUGUGGCGCAAAGGAAUAGAAGAAUCAGAAUGUGUCCUGAUGAUAGAAGUGAGACCUCAACAAAACAGACUCAACUUCAGACAAAUGGCAUAAUGGUUCAGCUCUGUCAAGUGGAAAAAAAUACUCAGGGAAAGACUGCUGAGAUCAAUCCCAGUGUCUCUGAAAAAUGUUGUUUGGAUCUAGAAAGAAACAAGCUAUCAGACAAAUGUGGAGGAGAUCAAGGAUCUGGAGACUUAAUACCACGGCGCCUUACCACAUUCCAGCUCCUUCAAUCCAAAUUCAUAAGGUCCACACCCAAACCCCCCAUCACUCACCAGAGGGAGGUCGGAACUCUGGCCUCGAGCAGAGGGCUGUCAGGUAAUGUGAACCCCAAACAAGACAGUGAGCAUAACAUGCACAAGAGCAGCCGAGCUAAAAGAGAACAAGGACUGAAGAGAGAAAGAAGUGUAAAGAAUAUGGUGGCUAAGUUUGCGAUGGCUGAGCAGAAAGAACGGGGGCUAAAAGUAUCAAUGAAACAGCCAAUCAAACCGAAACUCACUGGAAGAGGGGCCCUCUUAUCUUCCCUAAAGGAGAGGUUUGAGACUUUGGCCAUUGUACGUAAAGGAAGCGAUCUGAAACAUUCACAUGAAAGACAAUCCGUAGGAGUUAAGGUGAAGGUGACAAGUAAUAUAAAAGAGAGGGUAGCUCAUCUUGAAAGGGAGCAGCAACAGGUGGGAGACCAAACUGUCCACAAAGAAAACCCACAGAAGCAAGCGAAAAGUAGUCCUGUUGGACAGAAGUCCAAAGGAGAUGGAAUUACAAAUAUGCAAAAACAAAGACCAGAUCAAGCAGCAGACAUUUUAAGAAAUAUAAACUCAGACACGGGAAAAAGGAAUCAUUUGAAAGCAGAGAAAACAGAAGAGAAGCCAUCAGAUCAAAUGGUUCAUUCUUCAUUAGAUCAUAUCAAAAAUGAAGCUCAUGAUAUUGAUAACAAGGGACAGGAGUCAGAUGAAUUUGGUGAAACUAAGACUGACAAUCAGUGCAUCACCUACAGGUUCAAAUUUGGAUGUCAAGAACUGCUCUGUUUAACUUCGGUGACAGAGUGGUCCCUCCCAGAACCUUCCAGGCUUUUUCUGCAGGUAGAAGUCCCAUUCAACUGGCAUGUAGCAACCAUCAUGACCUGCCCUCCUGUGUGGUCCACAUGCCUAGGUUCCUCCCCUCAACAAUACCUGCAGGAAACCAAACCAGAGUCUUCAGAAAGCCCAAACCUGGAUAAGAUAACAAAGAAAAGUGCUUGUGGAGCUCAACAGUAUUCUAACAGUGAGUCAGAUGCAGAUGACUCCUCCAGUACAGCAACUGAAGACACUGCAAUACCAAAGAUGAAUGGAUUUUCGACAGGCAUGUGUCGGGACCCAAUGGAAAACGAAGACCUAAAUCCCCCCAAAUAUAUGAACAUUCAAAGAAGUUUGCCAAAGUAUGUCAUUCCACGAGUUUACAGACUUGAUUAUCAACAACACGCUAAUCGGAAUACUUCCUCCUCUCCUUCAGAACCACAACCAGAAACUACAACUCCUCCAAAUGCAGUUCUAUCAUCCCAAUCUGAGACUUCUAUGACUGCUCCUAGCACUGGGUUAAAGACACUUGACACUAACCCACUCCCUCCUCAUGACAGCAACCUUCAUCCAAUUGCACAAAACAAACCAGCGGAGGGUAAAACGCAAGAAAGAGAUAAGGACGCCAAUGAGGAAAAAGAAGAAGUAAAACUAGUGGACAGAAAUGAUACUGCUAAGCUGAAAAGGUUUAGAUUUUCCGAAGACACUGCCAAUAAGGCUACGUUUGAAGACAGUGAGAUCCCUGCUGCAUUGAUACCAAAGAGUGAACCGGAGAAAGAUGAGACAAAACAGAGACCAAAGUACAAAACAAUCAACUAUGGAGAUCCUUCAGUCAAGCAAACAUAUAAACCUAAGAUCAUACGAUUUACAGACACCUUUACUUUCUAGACUGGUGCUAGAAAAGGCUAGAAGCUAGAUAAACAAAAUCAAGAUUUAAAUGUACCUUCAUAUAUCAGCAACAGUACAAUUUUACGCCAAAGCAACAUGAAAAACAAGUGUUAUUUUUACCUAAAGAUGUAUAUGUUAAGCAAAUAAGAAUGGGAUCUUUCACAAGCCAGUACAUAUUAGAAUAAAUAUUGCUCAGUACAAAUUAUUUGGCAACAUUCUCCUUGUGUGUAUUUAUCACAGCAUUGGCAGUACAAAGAUUAUUUUUCAAUUUAGUAGGCGUGUAUUGAAGACUAUUCCCUGUAUUUUAUAGAGACUCAUAAAAGGGUUGUAGAGCAUAGAGAUAAGAGAAAACAUAAUUAAUAUUUUGUAAUAGCACUGAUAACCUCCAAAUGACCAAUAGUAUUCAGAUUGACUGACCAUGAAUAUAUCAAGGUUGCAUUCUUGUCAACUUGACUACUGUUUCAUACGAAGUUCUACACUAAAGUCUGUAAUGCCCGAAUGAAGGAAUCAUCUUUUCUUAAGUUCCAAGUUUGAAGACUGGUUUAACCUUCAAAUGCAUUUUACUUGAAGGUGUGUAAUGACUGAAUUUAGUAUAAAUGUAUAUAAACUGCACUAAUUAAACUGCUGAUUGUCCACACUGCUCAUA